AUGGCUAAAAUUCUUGCUCUACUUUGUCUUGUACUUGUUUCUGUAGGUACGAUUGCCCUAGCAGAGGAAAAUAUAACUAUUUCCAUCAGUCCAAAUGCUAAUCCCGUUCAAAAACCAAUCGGUCAUCAGAUUUCUCUUGUAUGUUCGGUGAAAGGUGAUUUCCAAGAGAAACCAGGAAUGAUUUGGAAGAAACAUGGUGGACUUGAUAGAACUGGAAAUGUUGAAAUCAAGAAGUUGGAUGAUCGUACUCUUGGACUUAUCAUUCGCAACUCAAGUGUUGAUGACAGUGGUGUUUACUACUGUAAUGCACAAGUCGGUAGUAAAGUGUACAUGAACAAGAUGGAUGUGAUUGUUUUCGAAGACAUUGUGUUCCGUGACAAACAACUUCAUUUUGGACAGGUCCUUGCCACUGCUUCAGUUAAUAUAUCCUGCGAAGUUUCUGCCAAGAAAGGCAGUGUUAUCACUUACUGGACUCGUCACGGAAAGCAAAUCUUGGAAGGUGGAAAGCACAAGUUCUACAAUGGAGGCUCAAUUCUGGAGAUUCAAAACUAUCAACCAGAGCAGGACGCCGGCCAAUAUACAUGCGAGGUUUUCCAUGUGAGCAGUGGAUCAUCCAAUACAAAGACUGUCACUCUUGGAACUGCUGGAGAGAAAAACUACGUGGCUUGUCAACAGAUGUGCAAUAGCUUCUGCACCGAUGUUCACACCAAGAUCUUCACCAAUAACUAA